AGUUGGCAGUCUGCUUCUCCAAAAAUACAGAUACGGUAGUCCCAGUUUUAGCGACAGCUAAUAGCUCCAGUCUUCAGCAACCUCAUCAAACAACUGGAGUCAUGUGUGCUCUGCAAUAUCAUCCACUUUACAAAUUGUAUCAUAUUGCGCUGCACUCUCGUGGUAUCUGCGAUGAAUGUGAAGUUUAUUCUAAUGCCUGCUAAUCUUUGGACUGGAAUUGCAGACGGCAGAGAUUUUGGAAACUGAACGUCGCGGGCAGGCUACAGUAUCACACUUCUCCUUGGGCAAAAAAAAGUUGUUCAUUUCAGCAUUUACGAAAUAUUUCACUCAAUAUAUAACUAAUUUGUUUCAUUUGAUGGAACUUCAAGCUGGAUAUGUAAAUUAUUUCAAGCGCAGCAGCAAUUUUCUAACGUCCAAGCCAAUUUUCCAUAAAGCCAACAGGUGCGCAUCCGAACCAAUAAAACGGCCAUUAGUGUCAACAUUUUCCGAUUGUGGAUGUUACAGGAUUUUUAUGACGUACAUUGUUUUUCUCAAAGGACUCCGUUUUUGAAUGAGGUUAUGUGGAUUUUACUCUGCGUUUAUCCGCUACAAAUGUCUCCAAAACAACAUUGGUGUCGUCCAAACAACUGUUGUGCAUGGUGAUAGAAAACGUCCCGUGAACAGUGCAUUGUAAUCGCUUUCUGCCACUAAUCCAAAUGAUCCUUCCAUUCUUAAUCCUACUUGUAUCGCUUCUCCAAAAACAUGGCUCAGAAGCUGAAUCAAGUCACAUCAGCAAAUUCCAACAACCAAGUUUAAAGGAACAAAACGGAGUCCAAGAUUCCCAGCAUGAGAAGAUAAUCCCCGUCACAGGAGAGGGAGUGAUCCAUAGUCCGGACUUCCCACUCACCUACCCCAGGAGUACCGUGUUGGUCUGGAGACUAGUGGCCUCCAAUGACAACAUGAGAAUCCAGUUAUCCUUCGACGAGAGGUUUGGCUUGGAAGACCCAGAGGAUGGAAUAUGCAAGUAUGAUUUUGUGGAGAUCGAGGAGCCGUCUGAGGACACCAUCCUGGGCCGCUGGUGCGGGUCCCAGGUACCUGCCAGCCACAUGUCCAAAGGCGGUCAGAUCCGGGUGAGAUUCAUAUCUGAUGAGUACUUCCCCUCCGAGCCUGGCUUCAGCAUUCGCUACUCCCUGCUCCCCAUGCCAGAGGUAACUCCAUCUCUGCAGAGCGCAGAUGCGUUGUCUGAGGCCGUGGCUGGCCUCGGUACCGUGGAGGAGGUCAUGAAGUACCUGGAGCCUGAGAGAUGGCAGCUUGACAUGGAAGACUUAUACAAGCCCACGUGGCACAUCCUGGGAAAGUCAUUCCUCCACAACAAGAAAUCCAGAGGAGUGGAUCUCAACCUGUUGAGAGAAGAGGUGAGACUGUACAGCUGCACGCCGCGCAACUUCUCCAUCUCCCUGCGCGAGGAGCUGAAGAGGACGGACGCCAUCUUCUGGCCUAGCUGCCUCCUGGUGAAGCGCUGUGGGGGCAACUGUGCCUGCUGCUCGCAUCGCUGCUCCGACUGCCAGUGUGCGCCUACCCGGGUCGUCAAGAAGUACCAUGAGUUGUUUUGGUGCAGGGCCUGUUCCAAACUCCCAAUCCGAGCUCUGGCUUGCCGCUCUCUGUAGGUUCUCCUGCUGAAGCACCGAAGCGGGGGCCGAGGCCUGCAGAAGUCCAUGACCGAUGUGCCCUUGGAACACCAUGAGGAGUGCGACUGUGUUUGCAAAGACGACUGGGACUGAUCUCAAGCCUGUGUACCGGUGCCACCAGCAUCCCAGGAGACACUUGAAACUGCACGCGUCUUCCAGCAUCUCCCAGGCAAACCCUAACCAUCUCCAUUGAGAGUGAGGAGCGAAUGAGAUUGCUUUGCUUGACCUUUCUCAUCUUGCUAAUUGGACGAGAAUAAAAACUGACUGGAACUACUUCAUUUGUGGAUGGAUCUUGCCGCCGUGGAGGACCUGUAGCUGGCUGAGUGCAUUGAAGAGACAGGAAAUGGAUAGACUGCACUGGAAUGCUGGACCUAUCUUAUUCAUUCUUCACUCUCUGAAGGCUCUCUCUCCCUUUGCUUCUCAGAGAUCGGAACUGGUGCUAAGGGACAUCUUUGGCAGCGUCGGUUUAGUGUAAUUUUUUUGUGCCAAAACCUUUAAGGGGUCUUGUUGAAAUUCAACACACGUGGCCAGAGAGUAUCUUGGAAAAUGGGCUCCUUCUUCAAGUACUUUUCUGUACAUAAGUGAGCUUCCUUCAGGCCAAUCCCUAUGGUACUUUAUUAUUCCUAUAAAAGAGGAAAAUAAUGUUCCUUUUUAUCAGUGAUUCCCCACUCCCCCCUGUUUUCUCAUCUAUUAGAUCUUUGGAGUGACAUAAUAGUAAUGUUGACUGUCUUACUGAUGCAAACUAUAUUUGUAAAUAUUUCAUUUUCAUGGUUUUUCUGUACUGUUGUAUUUUUCUACCAAAGAUACUUGUAUUCAUUGAGGAGAUAAAGUUGCACACUUAAACCAAGUGGGUGCUGUUUUGUUGCGUUUCAACGUACAUACCGUCGUAGCAAAGGUGUAAAAUCUGCUUGCUUUAUAACUUCAUAUAACCCCAACUAGUGCGUGGAACAGUAUGGAUACUCAAUAUUUUUUGGUUCAAUGAAGGGAAGUUGUCCAGAAUGCUUUUUUGUAUGCUGAAAUGGUAGUUUCUCUGUCAUUUGUACAGUUGUUGAGUGUUCAUCUUCAAUAUUUUCAUUUCUAUGUCCACGCCAUGCCAAAUAUGGGUGUGUUCUCUUCUCUGCAUACCAAAGUUAUUUAACAUGACCUUUUAUGAUCUAUUUUGUUGUAUGUAUCUGUCAGUAGAAAUAAAUCAGUCAAUGUG